AUGAAGUACCACGCAGCAAGAUACACGAUGCACGAUAACCUCCUCUACCGCAGAGGGUAUUCGACGCCCUUGCUCAGGUGCCUCGGCGCAGAGGAGGCAAAGAGGGUGCUAUCGGAGGUGCACGAUGGGGUUUAUGGGAAUCAUGCGGGACAGUCCCUGGCCUACAAAAUAUUACGGCAAGGGUAUUACUGGCCCAGUCUUAAAAAAGAUGCGGCCGAGUACGCAAAAGGGUGUGAAAGCUGCCAGAAGUUCGGUGUCCCGUACUCUCCCGUGUCUGACAACGGAAAGCAGUUCAACAACGACAACACCAGCCAGUUUUGCGAGCUGCUAGGGAUCCACAAGAAUUUUUCCUCUGUCGUGUACCCUCAGUCUAACGGGCAAGUCGAGGCUGUCAAUAAGAUAAUCAAAGUCACACUCAAACGACGCCUCGACGCCUACAAAGGGAAGUGGGCCGACGAGUUGCCAAAGGCGCUGUGGGCCUACCGAACAACUAGUAGAACCACCACGGGGGAAACCCCAUUCUCAAUGGCCUAUGGGUUCGAAGCAGUCCUGCCAGUAGAGGUGUCCAUUCCGACCGACCGAGUAACCCGGUACGAGGAGGAUAGGAACGCCAAACUGAUGAGCUUAGAGCUCGACCUCUUAGAAGAACGACGCACAAACGCGCAGUUAAGGCUCGCCGCAUACCAUGCAAGGACGGCCAGGUAUUAUAACAAGAAGGUCAAGCCGAAGCGCUUCGGGGUCGGGGACCUAGUUUUGCGGGUGGUAACCCCCAACACGAAACCCAAGAACUCCGGAGCCUUGGGUCUGACCUGGGAAGGGCCCUACAGGAUAAAAGAGGUUAUCGCAAAUGGGUCAUAUCGACUUGCAGAGCUCGACGGUCGAGGCAUCAAGCAUACAUGGAAUGCAGACCAGUUGAAGGUCUACUAUCAGUGA